UUUAUAUUCACUGGUAGCUGAGGAGAAGUGAACCAGGGAGCAGACUUUUUUUUGUACAUCUCGGCGUUCGGCCCUGAAAAGAGUUUCAACAUGCCUGAGAAUGAGGAGCCCUAUAGAAAACAUGGUGACCCCAGAAAAUAUGACUCCUCAUUCAAGGGUCCCAUCCACAAUAGGGGCUGCACAGAUAUCAUAUGCUGCAUCCUCUUUAUUAUCGCUGUACUGGGCUAUAUUGCAGUGGGGAUACUUGCCUGGUCCCAAGGUGAUCCGAGGAAGGUGAUCUACCCCACAGAUAGUCGAGGCCAGUUCUGUGGGCAGGCCGGUACUCCACUCGAGAAUAAAAGGCUGCUGUUUUACUUCAACAUCAUGAAGUGUGCCAGCCCCAUGGUGCUGCUUUCAUUCCAGUGUCCGACCACACAGAUGUGUGUGGAGAAGUGCCCCGACAGGUUCAUGACCUUAGCCAGAAACUACUACGAGGACUUUGAGUACUACAAAAACUUCUGCAAGGAGGGCGUAACAAAUAAAAUGAGCAUACCAGAAAUUCUUAGUGCCCGUCUCUGCCCUGCCAUGCUGACCCCCAGCAAGCCAUUCACCCGUAGGUGCUUUCCAGCUUUGGGCUCUAUAGGAGGUGUAAUAACUGUAGGAAACAGGACCACCUUUGAUGAUGGACGAGGAAACGUGAGAAACGCUAAGGAUCUCGUGGACGGAGUAACGAAUGCCACUGUGGUUAUGGAGGCCCGUCAGGUGGUUAUGAAAAUCUUUGAGGAUUAUACGCAGUCCUGGUACUGGAUCCUCAUAGGACUGGUCAUUGCCAUGGUCCUCAGUCUGCUUUUCAUCAUCCUCAUGCGCUUCCUGGGCGGCAUCAUGGUCUGGAUCAUCAUCGUCGCUGUGAUAGUAGUAAUAGGAUACGGCAUCUUCCACUGCUACAUGGAGUAUGCUCACCUGAAGGGGGAGCCGGGUGCUAAUGUGACCCUAAAGGAGCUGGGCUUCCAGACGGACUUCACAGUCUACCUGCAUGUCAGACAAACAUGGCUGGCCUUCAUGAUUAUUCUGGCCAUUGUGGAGGUCAUAAUCAUUCUACUGCUCAUCUUCUUAAGGAAGAGGAUCCUCAUUGCCAUUGCCCUCAUUAAAGAGGCCAGCAGAGCCAUUGCACAUGUGAUGUCAUCCCUGUUCUACCCAAUGUUCACUUUCAUCCUCCUGGCAAUAGUCAUUGCUUACUGGGCAGUAACUGCUGUUUUCUUGUCCACUUCCAAUGAGUCCAUCUACAAAGUGGUCAAUGAGUCGGCGUGUGAGCACUCUGGACUAACUUGUGACCCAGCUAACUAUUCAACAAGUGACAUGAAAAAACAGUGCCCUGAUUCAGGAUGCCUUUUUGCCUUCUACGGUGGAGAAACUGUUUACCAUAAAUACUUGAUCGGCCUGCAGUUCUACAACGUCUUCCUUUUCUUCUGGUGUGCCAACUUUGUCACUGCUCUGGGUCAGAUGACUCUAGCUGGGGCUUUUGCCUCCUACUACUGGGCCUUCAACAAGCCAGAUGAUGUUCCCACCUUGCCUGUGUUUGCUUCCUUAGGUAGAUCUCUAAGGUAUCACACAGGGACUCUGGCAUUUGGUUCUCUUAUCCUCUCAAUCAUUCAGAUUAUCAGAGUUCUGCUGGAGUAUUUGGACCAUAAGCUCAAAGGAGCCCAAAACAAAUUUGCAAAGUUCCUGUUGUGCUGUCUGAAGUGCUGCUUCUGGUGUCUGGAGAAGUUUGUCAAAUUCCUGAACAGAAACGCCUACAUUAUGGUGGCGAUCUAUGGCAAAAACUUCUGCACCUCUGCCCGUGAUGCCUUCUUCCUUCUCAUGAGAAACGUGAUCAGGGUUGCCGUCGUGGAUAAGGUGACAGAUUUCCUGCUAUUCUUGGGAAAACUGCUCAUUGUUGGGCUUGUAGGGGUCUUUGCCUUCUUUUUCUUCUCUGGACGAGUGAAAGCCUUUGAGAACACAGCUCCCCACCUCCACUAUUAUUGGGUGCCAAUCCUGACUCUGGUGAUUGGCUCGUAUCUCAUUGCCCAUGGAUUCUUCAGUGUAUACGCCAUGUGUGUGGACACGCUGUUCCUCUGUUUCUUGGAGGACCUGGAGAGGAACGACGGCAGUGUUGAGAGGCCAUACCUGAUGCCCGAUAGCCUCCGUAAGAUCCUGAAUAAGAAGAACAAGACCAAGCCAGCUGAGUAGAACAUUUGAUUAAACUGUCCAGCUUCAGUGAGGCGAGGCCAUUAAGUAACAGUGACUGUGGAUUUGAGCAAAAUGUUGCCAAGGACAAGAACCAAAGGCCCAGAAUCAUCACGAUUUGCCGGUGACAUUCAGUGGUGUCAAAGGUAUUUACUUAGAAAUGGUUCAGAGCUUUUGUCCAGCUUGUCUGCAUCUUAACAUGUCCUCAUACUGCCAUGUCCUCCUUUUUUUUUUUCGUAGAUGCUUAAGUUUUCCAGUUUAGUGAAUUUUGUUUAGAUUUAGAAAUGUUUCAUUUUUAUUGUGUUGCAUGUUUUUAAUUGUUCGAAUUGUCUUGAGCAUGUUUUUAUAUUGUUAUAUGAAGGUAAAUUGUAACCUCUUGAUUUUUAAAGCUCUUUUAUCACUUUAUGUCCCAUUCUAUUGUAUUAGUAGAUACCAAAGGCCUCCUCUACACUUACUACAAUUACACACAGCAAAGUAUCUGAUGCGGUUUUUAAGUUUUUAUUAGCAAAUGUAUGGAGAAGAUUUUAAUAGAAACAAAAGCACAAUUUAUAUAAAUGUACAGGUUCAUUUUUGGGGCUUUUAUUGUUUUUGAAGUUGAAAUGUUUUGAAAUAAAGCUGUUUUGUAUAAAAAA